AUUUUCUGAACCGAACAUGGUCUUCUGAUGCCGUCGCACAUCCACCUCAAGCCCUUUCCUCUCAACAUGCCUGCAGCGAUGCACCUCGCUGUACUGCUGCUCCUGUUUGCCGUGACCGUCUGUGGAGACUCCACCGCUUCCUCUACAACAAAGCCAGAACCACAGUCAACCGCAGGUCCUACAGCUCUCACAACUUCGACUGUGGGAAAAACAACUAAUGUCGCUUUAUCAACCACCACCACUUCAUCAAAGCAGGUCACCACAAACACGUUAACGUCAUCAACACCCUCAACUUCGACACAAACACCCAGUGGGGCUGAGGUAACCACCACCAGACGUCAGACUGAGAUGCCAACAACCAACCAGACGUCCACCGGUAUACCAGCAGCCAACCAAACGUCCACCGGGAUACCACCAACCAACCAGACGUCCACCGGCGUACCACCAACCAACCAGACGUCCACUAGGAUACCAAUAACCAACCAGACGUCCACAGGGAUACCAGUAACAAACCAAACAGUUACCAAUGGAUCGACAAUCCCACCAACUUCAGGAACACCAUACUUCACUGCAAACACCACUGUUAACGCAACAGGCUCAGCUCUUUCACCCGACAUGUUAAAUGGCUUGGCAUCAAACCCCGGCCUCGUCGCCAUCAUCUUCAUCUUCUGUAUCGUCAUCAUCCUCGCGCUGGUGGUUGCCGCCGUGAAAUGCUCCCCAUCAUCAAGAAACAAUUUUGAGAGGCUUGAAGAUGUGCCCAUGGGCAAAGUCAACGAAGGGUCUCCGUUUGCCCACUACUCAAAAUGACAGAAGGGACUUCAGACACGAUGUCCAGGAGGAGAGUGGUCCGCUGUAGGAGUCUGAUUCUACUGAACACAAAGAAAUAUCCACUCCAUCAUUGACUUUAACUUUAGGCAGAAAAGAAAAAGACAACUUGUGUGGUUUUCUCUCUCAGACCCUUUUAUUUCUUUACAAAGAACUGUUGUCAGUGCUUCUGCCAAAGAGUUCUGACCUCUGACUUGUUUGCCUUGCUGCUCAUAUUUCUGCUGAUUUAAGCUUUAUCAGCUUUCUUCAGCAUUAAAUGUAAAAGCUUUUAAUAUAAUGUCCCUCUAAGCACUUCCAAUUCAUUAUUGCACUCUUACAUGUAACAAAGGAUGUUCUGCUGCAGGUAUAUGUAGGUUUCACAAUUAUUUUGGAAACCAAAAGCUUGGUAUGCUCACCCUGCAAAUUCAAAUAACUUUGUUUGUUUGAUCGUGACUCAUCUGUUAAUGUGUAAUUCUGGCCGGUUAUAUUAUUUCUAGCUUUAUGUAAUAAAGCUUUACGGACUCUAGAUAAAACUAUUUUCUUCGAAUACACUGGUAACAUAAAUGAUCAUCUACCAAAUCAUAUCCAGGGGGCAAAGCUGCUUUUGAUCCUUAAAUUCAAUUUACUUAACCAAUGUCAAACAUACAGUUGGUUCUGUUGACACACAGACUUCCACUAUUCAAGAAUAAAAUGUUCUAAUAACUAUGUUUAUGCUCGGUGACUGCACUAAAUCCACCUUUUUUUUCCUUUUGCCCCAGGUCCCUCUGUGUGCAUUUAACACUCAGAUGUAAUGUACAUAACU